CUGAUAAACUAUGGCAGAUUAUUAUGUUCAACAAAGUUCAGAAUGGUAUAUUUUAAAUACUUUAUUUAGUGAUUAUUUAUUUAAGGUUUUAUUAAUUGGAAAUAGUGGAGUGGGUAAAUCAUGCAUGUUAAUGAGAUUUAGCGUAACAAUUAAAAAUUUAAAAAAUAUAGGAAAACUAAUUUACAAAUCAUUUUUAUAAUACUAUUGGAGUUGAUUUUGUAAUUAUUUAUGCUUAAAAUAAAUUAGAAAAUAAAAGUAUUUUAAAUUGAUAGAUCAACUGUGAAAUUGUAAAUAGUAAAAAUCCAUAAUUCUAAUAUUUUAGUGGGACACAGCAGGUUAAGAUAGAUUUAGAACAAUUACAAGCAGUUAUUAUAGGUAAUUUAUAAUUAAUAUUCAAUAUAAGAGGAGCUUAAGGAAUCAUUAUAGUUUUUGAUGUUACAGAUAGAGAAUCAUUUAAUUAAAUUAGAUAAUGGAUGCAAGAAAUUGAUAAAUUUGCAGCAGAAUAAGUGAAUAAAAUUUUAGUUGGAAAUAAAAUAGACAGUUCACAAAGAAGAGUUUCAACAGAUGAAGCAGAAGCUUUAGGUAUAUAAUUUUAUCAUUCGAGCUAAAUCAUAUAAUAUAUCUUAUAUUGAAACAUCUGCUAAAACCAAUAUUAAUAUUGAAAAUUGUUUCAGUUUAAUUACUCGAUAAAUCAUAUAAAGAGUUGGAAAACCAAAAUAGUAAUGAUAUAUACUAUUAUUAUUAUUAGAAAUGAAAAAAAUAAAGUAGGAAUGAAAUUGUAAUAAAAUUCACCAUAAAAAUAAACAUAAAAUAAAAAAGGAGCUGAACAAGAUAGUUAAUGUUGUAUGUCUUGAUUGAAUGAUUAC